AUGGCAUUGCCAAAGCGCAUCAUCAAGGAAACGGAGCGCCUGAUGGCGGAGCCGGUUCCUGGCAUUAACGCCGUUCCUCACGACGAUAACCUGCGAUACUUCGAUGUUUCCAUCCAUGGACCGGCACAGUCCCCAUAUGAGGGUGGAAUCUUCCGUCUUGAACUCUUCCUUCCCGAUGACUACCCCAUGACCCCGCCCAAGAUCCGCUUCCUCACCAAGAUCUACCACCCCAACAUCGAUCGUCUCGGCCGCAUUUGUCUGGAUGUCCUGAAGAACAACUGGUCUCCGGCCCUUCAGAUCCGCACGAUCCUGCUCUCCAUCCAGGCCCUCCUCGGUGCUCCCAACCCCGACGAUCCCCUCGCAAACGACGUUGCCCAACGCUGGAAGGAUGAUGAGCCCGCAGCAAUUCAAACAGCGAAGGAAUGGACCCGCACUCAUGCUAUGACCUGA